UUUUCAUCUUAUUUUCUAAGCAAUGAUAUUAUAUAUGCAUGAUUUCUUUCCGUUGUAUAUAAAAAAAAAAAAAAAGUACACAUGAUCCGCUGGAGCCGGCAUCAUGUGCAGUUGUGUGUCACCGGUUCUAAUGCUCCAUUAUUAACUCUGUGCUAAUCAAUCGCAAUAUUAAACAUCAAUGAAUGUUUUGUGCACAAAGUCAUUGUCCCCUUAUAAUUAUUCUAUUUCCUGUAAAUGUAAACCCUCCUUUAAUUUAUAUUUGAUUAAUCUUUUCUUUCAAUGUCCAACCCUGCCUGCCACAUGCAGGCCAGUUUGAAGGAAAAGGUAUUAGCUUUAGCUUUGUUGAAAAUAAUAGAAAAUUAAACUAUCUUAAAGGUCAAGUGAUGAGGGUACGACGUUUAAUUAUAUAUAGAUCAACAGCACUGGUAUUUGUGUACAAACUUCUUUUUCAAUAUCAAAAUAUAAGCUUCUUCUGAGUUUUCUCCAAAUUCUUUCAUAAAGAAAAAUGACAAUCAUAGAGAUGAGGGUACAUAUGGAUUGCGCUGGCUGCGAGAGCAAGGUUAAAAAUGCUCUACAGAAACUAAAAGGAGUAGAUGAUGUUGAUGUCGAUAUGGGGUUGCAGAAGGUGACGGUCACCGGAUGGGCUGACCAGAAAAAAGUGCUUAAAACAGUUAGAAAGACAGGAAGAAGGGCAGAGCUAUGGCAAUUACCCUAUAAUCCAGAGCAUCAUAGCUAUGCCACUCACUACUAUGAUCAACACCAGGUUAAUGGUCCCUUGACCUACUAUGCCCCUCAGCCUUCCUCUUCUUACAACUAUUAUAAGCAUGGAUAUGAUAGCAGUGAUCAUAGGCAUUAUCGUCAUCCUGUACAAUCCUCCAUCUUUGGCCACCAGACUGGUGCAGCUUUCAGCGAUGAAAACCCUCACGGUUGUUCAAUUAUGUGAUCUUUAAUUUUAUACUAAAUAUAUUUCAAUAAAAUAAUGUAAAAACACUUCUUUAGUUACUCCUACAUGGGUAUAACUGAAAAUGUGUAAUGCCAAAGAGUUUUCUACGAA